AUGAAAUCAAAGCGUUCAUCUAGUAAGAUACGUAAUUCCGAACCGAUAGACGAUGUACUACGUCAUGUGGGAACCAAGCAAUAUCUGUUUCUGGAAACACAUAUUUGUACCAUAUAUCGUGUAACAUGUGCACCUGGUGAAACAUUUACUGAAUCGAAAGCUUUGUCAUUAGUAGAGAAAUAUCAUCGUAAAAGGCAAUCACAUUGUAAUGCUGGUUUACUGGAAGAUCGAUUUAGUUUGGAACGAACAAAAACUACUGGAAAAAUACCAUUUCGUCCAUGGGUAUCAUACAAAGAAAUUAUGCAUUUCUAUGUAAGUCAUUCUAAACCGGAAUUCUUUGUAUUAUGCAUUGAUUCACAACGAAGUUUACAAAAAUAUUAUGAAAUAUACAAAUGUAAAAGUGCAGUAAAUGUUAGAAAAGUUGAAGAAUUAAUGAGACGUGCAAUGAAUGAUCCGGACAAAAAACUACAUGAUGUCAAUGCACUAAGACAAGUGCCAGUGAAAGACAGUGAUCGAAUCCGUUCUCUGCCAAACUUUGAAGAAGAAAAUGUACGUGAUACCACCGUUGAAGACAGAUCUCCUUCACCACCAUAUCAGUAUCCAUCGCCAGGACCAGUACGUCAGCUGCCUUCUCCUGUAAUGAUAGCCCCAGUAAAACAAAUCCCUGUAUACAAUGCAGUAGCACCUAGCCCAGCAAUUAAUUUCGAACGAUAUAAUGUUGAUGAUUUAGAGAAUGUUACAUAUAUCAAACUGGAUCCUAACAGAGGUCCAAUGAUUGAUAAAGAAGGACCAAUUUAUAUGUUUUUUUCAAGACAGAACAAUAAUCUCAAUGACUCAAAUAUUUACAACAACUACGCUAAUCAUAAUAGUUCACCAAAUUGGAACAGAAAGACAAAAAACUCUAACGUAAUGUAUUCACCAUGA